GGGAAAAGUGUCAGUCUUACAUUUGGACUCGGACCGUUAUUACACCUGGUUGGACUAGACAGGAAGAUUUCAGUCUCUCUUGUCGGUUGAAAGAGAUCCCCUAUCGCAGGGACAAUGGCUGCCAACAUGUUACAAGGCUUUGUUUUCCUUACAUUUAUCUCAGUUUCUCUGUCACGAAACCUUCUUCGUGAGCAUGGAUGCUCUCCCUUUGCUGACGUCAUCUUCAUCCUGGACGGCUCGGAAAGUAUCCGUCGCUCAGACUUCAACAUAACACAACAUUACGUCAGGCGAGAAGUGGAAGCAUUGAACGUCUUUGAUGACGGCGCUAACGUGGCUGUGAUCGUCUACAGCGACGACGUUUCUGACGUGAUUCCCUUUAAUAGCAACACUAACGUGGAUCAGCUGGAAAACGACAUUAUGAAGUUAAAACAGCCCCGACUUGGAACUAACACAGCGAGUGCAUUGCGAGAGGCUGCGAAGUUGUACAAAGCUCAUGGACGUCCAGAUGCCACCAAGAUCGUUGUUCUCAUCACUGACGGUGAUACCAGAAACAAGUCGCCGCCUCGCCUGGAGGCAAAGGCCUUGAAAGAUAAUAACAUUUCAAUUGUAGCCGUCGGCGUCGGACCGGAAACGGACGAUACAGAACUCAAAGCGCUUGCGUCUAAGCCGGAAUUUGUGAAGAAAGUGGAGAAUUUCCCCGCUUUGGACAUGCUGAGGAUUCCAUACCACGAAAUCUGUAUCAUGACCACAACAACACCACGCAACGACCAGGGUUGUCAACUGAACGGCAACAUUGUCUUCAUCUUCGACGGGUCCGAAAGUAUCAGCGUAGCAGAGGAGAGGAUCAUGAAAGACUUUGUCAAAGACCAGAUCGACCACUUCAGUCUGGGCGACGGCCGGGCUGGCAUGGGAUUGGUCAUGUUCAGUAACGAUGCCACCAUUGACAUUCGUUUGAGUAACACCAUUUCGUCCGCCAGUCUCAAGAACUCCGUCGACAACCUCCGAUUGCCGAGCAAAGGUUCGAACAUAGCUCGGGGCAUCGAAGUCAUGGAGGAGAUGUUCCGUUUGUACGGUCGACCUAAUGAGAACCGCAUCGCUGUGCUCAUCACUGACGGUGUGUCCAUCGACAAUGACGAGACGGUCGCCGUUGCCAGACAAGCCCGUAAUCAGAACAUCAAGUUGGUAUCAAUAGGUAUAGGAAGUGAAGGACAAAUUGACACAGACGAGCUGAAAAAGAUAGCCAGUAGUGAAGAUCUUGUCUUCACUCCGAAAACUUUCGACGACUUUGCCAUGAUUAACUAUGCCGAGAAGCUCAGCGCAGUUUUCGAUUGCGGAACCACCACGCCAAGGACACCAUCUACCACGACACGGUGGACAACGACAACGCGUACUCCGAUAACGUGGACAACGACAACGCGCACCACUACACCGCGGACAACGACAACGCGUAUUCCGAUAACAUGGACAACCACAAGGCGCACCACUACAACGCCAAGGUACAUCACUACUAUACCGUGGACAACGAGAACGCGUAUUCCGAUAACGUGGACAACAACAACUCCACGGACAAGGAGCACCACGACACCAUGGACAACGACAACGCGUACCCCGUCAACGUGGUCAACGAGAACGACUACGUCGACGCGAAUAGGACCUGUUGAUCCUAUUGCACCAGGCUGCGAAGACUGUCGGAUCAAGUUCGGAGCCGGGUUUGCUCGCCACCCCGACUCGUGUGAGAAGUUCAUUCGAUGCAGUAUACAGACAUUGGGUAACGGGAAGUUCCGAGCCUUUGCGCCAGUGGUAUUUGACUGUCCCCGAGGCUUGUUCUGGGACCAAGAAGACACCCUGACCUGUCGUUACCCUAACCAGGUUAAAUGUCCUGGAGACCGAUGCCGCACGGAGACUGGUUUGAAGGCUUAUGGUGACCCAACCGACUGUGGUGUCUACUGGCUUUGUGGCAACGGUUACACGCUCGGCAAGAGGUGCUGUGCAGAAAACUUUGCUUUUGACGAUGCCAGAGGAGAGUGCGUCAGAGACAACAACUGUCUUAGCGCUUUCUGCCGUGUCGGUAAUCCGGGAGGAGACUGUCUCUUCUUGGCGGAUUCCACCGACGAGAGGUUUUUCUUGGUCGAUGUAAACGGUGUGAAGACGAGACAACCGUGUGCGGCGGGCUUAGCCUUUGUCCAGACAACCUGUGGCUGUCACAAGAGGAUAGGUUUACCCACUCAGAGACCUGUUACGGGAUGCGAACCUGAUGUUUACCUGCCGAUGGACGAAGACUUCGCUGAUCAUUCAGGUUGGGACAGAGGAGUUGGGAACUCAGGGGCGGUCAUCGCUCAAGUUUCUGGGGCUGUCGGCGGAGGGGCCGGGGAAUUCGAUGGCUCAGACGCUGUCUGGAUUUACCGCUACAACAACAUCGAGUUCCCGCCAUACGUCGAAAUCCGCUUCCGGUUUAAAGAAUCCGAUCAAUCGCCAAGUGGCAGCCAACCCGAGGCGCUGGUAACCAAUGGCAACUGCGGUGAUGAACCGUCCUUGGCAAUCUCCUCGGAACGCCGUUCCAAUGACGUCAGUUAUUACACGGAGACGCAGAAGGGUGAGGCGACGACACAGACCAGUUACAGGGACGGAUGGACGGACGUGAGGUAUGUGUACGACAGGCGUGAAAUGAGCGGCACCUCCGCCACGUCGACACAGUCCGUGGAUCUGUCAGGUAUAAUCAGGCGUACGCAUAGCCCUCUUAUCAUAGGUCACGGACAAGGCUAUCAGAAUUUCACUGGCUAUAUCGACGAGUUCUACGUAUAUUUCUGCGAGCCAUGAACGUUACUGCGUCGAGAGCACACGUAGUCCAGGUGACCACGUGAUGUCUGCGGAUUGAUGACGUCAGAAAUCGUCAAGACACAUGAAGGCAUUGUCAUGGAGAUAAGCAUCUUGGACUAACCAGUGACGUAACAGAGGCUAUACAAGCUGUUUGACCGAAGUUCAGCUGUUUAAACUGCUCUACAAAACAUUUUAAUUUUAUAUUCAAUGAAAGACACUGACGAUAUCAAAGCCAUUCGUUUUUGUUUGCUUAUUCAGUACGACGCUUUUUUGUUGGACUUUUUUUUUUGUUCUGUUACACCGGGUAAAGUCGCUUUAAGCCAAUAACAAACAGUUUGUACUUAAGAUCUGCCACACUUAUUUAAUGCUGUAAUAGGGUCAUGCACCAUAUCUACUCGCCAGCCUAACUGUCUCAAGGAUACCGAGUGGAGAAAUUCUCACCUCGGGUUCUGAUACAAUAAAAUUUCGGCGUGUUGAGCUUG